GACAAGUGCAUAGUGUGACUCGUGACUCGUCACGGUACAACACGUCUUCUUGUGUGAUGACUUAUCAUGCGUCACAAUUGGUCUCCUGCUGUAUUGCUUUCGCUUAUUAACAUACUUUCCUUCUCGUCAUGGCGUCCACGUCCACAUAUUUCCGGGUUCUUCUUGUCUUACUCUCCGCUCAAUCUAUAACAGGAACUUGCGACACCUCGCACUUGGGAAUGGAGAGUGGCGCUAUUGCAAACAAUAAAAUAACAGAUAAAGCAGGAGUGAUAGUGGGAGACCAAGCGAGGCUUGGUUACACAGACGGUGACUCGUGGUGUAAGAGCAGCAACGAUGACUUCCUGCAGAUCGACCUCGGUACCCCCCACAUCGUAUGUGGCGUGGCCACUCAGGGGAACCAUCCCCAGGACCAAUGGGUUAUCAGUUUCAAGUUCACGUAUUCAACAGAUGGAACAACAUAUAGCUUUUAUGAAGAUCUUGCUGGAAAUCAGGUAAUGUAUCACAAUAUUUGAGUUGAGUGUAUCACAAUAUUUGAGUUAAGUAUCGGCCUGGCGAGCGUCCGCUAAUGAACAGGAAUAGGUGGGCUAGCAAGUGACCAGUGUGAUUUUGGUUCCUUAUUCGUCCUUUUCCUUAUUUGUUCAUUUACUUUUUCAAAUCCUUUUUUUCGAUUUGAAACAGUAUUAGGCAUUACAGCUCACCUAGAACAAAUCCAGGAGUAUUUUCGUGAAAAAAAAAUUGGUUCCUUUCACGUGCUUAACCGCUAAACGGAGUUGUGAACAUGAGACUCUGUCUGUUAUAAAAGAUCAAAUAACAAUGC